CUUACUCCCUCUAACGCAUAAAUGCGUCCCUUGGACUGGCCUGCGCUGGGCCAUAGUGUAGAGGAGCCAUAAAAAGAUUGUUAUUUGGUCCUGUCCUGUUUUGUUAUAGUACUUGUUCGAUAUAAAUUAAAUAUUUAUAUAUAAUGGCAUUUGUAGUAAUAAAAAUGGUACAGAUUAUAACAGAAAAUGAUUCUUCCAUAUAUGACGGGUAAAGGUACCGUAUGGCGGUUAACGCUUACAUCUCGUAACACUGCAUAAGUAUUGGAGCGUCGGUAAUAAAAGCGUAAGCACCAACCACCAUAAUAAAAUAAAAAAGCACCAAAAAUAAAUAAAUAAGGCACCUUUUCCGUGGAACGCCACAUAUUAAUUACAAUUUCCCUCUAAUUUAUAGGUUCUGACUAGUGGCAACAUUAAAAUUACUAUAGACAAACCUAUUUCUUUUUUCAAAUUAAAGUUAUUUUAGUGACUAAAGCUCUAGUGUCCAAACAGCCUACUUUAAAUUUUAACAGAUUUUUACAAGUUAUUGAAGAACCUCCUUCUACAUUAUGCUGUUAUUUCUGUCAUCUGGGAGAAAAUCUGAAAAAAUGACAUAGUUUGUCCACGAGUUUACCACUCUUGGCAUGAGAUUUGGCAAUGGACCAGACACAACUGAAAGGCCGAAAGGCCAGGAUGAAAUCGCAAUCAACGCCUCCAUAGCUCACAUCGUGUUGAGCUGCGUUGCCGGACAAGGAAUAAGUCACUGGAAUGAGAUAAACUUCACCCAACCUGGAAUGCAUGGAAACCUAUUCCUCUUUGGAAUUUUUGGAUACCUUCUGCACCAAAGCGCAAGAUUUAAAAUCAAUAUGGGCCCAGUGUACAAUUUCAGCGGAAAAGCUACGCGCUAUCUUCCUAUUCCUUGCAUGAUGGCCGAUCUCUACAAAGGCAACCAUCUUUUCGCAGGCUUACAUUUAAUGUCCGGCUUAGUUCCCUUCUCAUUGUCAAUGAUGGGAACUAGUUUUGACAGUGCACAAGUGGGGAAUUUAGUCAUAGCUGGCAACAUUAUUUCUUUAGGACAUUAUUCUUUGGAAAACCAUCUGGAGUGGGGUUUUUAUACAGCUGCCUCCGCGGUUUUUACUUAUUAUAUGUGCCCGCAAACGGGUCCUAAGAUCAUAUAUCCCUUCGGCCUAGCAUUGAUGGAGUAUUGCGCUUAUAGAGCAUUUAAAAUUAAAUUAGAACGUAAGAAGAUGAUUAUGAAUUUUAUCAUAGCCGUGCUGCUUAUCAUUGAUCCUUGUGGCUGUUGAUUGAGAAGAUCCAGCCUUCAAAAGAACUUUUACAAUCAAAUUACUUUAUGAUUCGUUAUUAAAUAAUACCCGAAAUCAACAGGGA